AUGGAUCUUUCUUUGAGUGUUGGAAGUGGAUCUGGUGAUGAGCAAAACACUGCUAGCUCUCAGCAGACUGGAAGGAAGUCUGCUCAUCGCCACACACCUUUACAGAUCCAGCGACUCGAAGAGUUUUUCAAGGAAUGUCCACACCCUGAUGAGGAACAACGCAAGGAUUUAGGCAAGGAGCUCGGGCUUGAACCCAAGCAAAUCAAGUUCUGGUUUCAGAACAAGAGAACUCAAACCAAGACACAGAAUGAACGAAUUGAUAACAAUGUUCUUCGUGCUGAGAAUGAAAGAAUUCAAAAUGAGAAUUGUGCAAUCAAAGAGGUUCUCAAGGGUGUGAACUGCCCUGCUUGUGGUGGCCCCGCUAAUAAUGGAGACGAAGAACACAUGCUUAAUAUUCAAAAACUGCUCCAAGAGAAUGCCUAUCUCAAACAAGAGCAUGAGAAGGCAACAAGGCUUCUUGGGGACUAUGUUGGGAAGCCUAUGAUAAUCCAAAAGGAUUUCCUAACCCUAGGAACCCCAUCAUCAUCGUCAUCAGAACAAGCAGCCAUGUCCAUGUCCAUGUCUGAUGAUAACAGCAACAUGUUGCCACCAAAACAAGGCACCAUCAACAGCAAGGCAGUCAUGUGGGAGACAGCUGUGAGCUCCAUGGAAGAACUGGUGAGGCUUCUGCGUGUGAACGAGCCACUGUGGAUCCGGUCUGAAGCUUCCGAAGAUGUCGACGACAACAACGAAGGCUUCUUCCUCCCUAACCGCAGCAGCUACGAAAGGAUCUUCCCUAGGGCUCAUCAUUUUGGCAAGAAGCUCAACAAUGCUCGUGUUGAAUGUUCCAAAGCUUCACGUGUUGUCAACAUGGGCCCCAUGCAACUGGUUGACAUGUUUCUAGACGCUGAUAAAUGGGUUAAUCUGUUCCCGACAAUUGUUGGAAAAGCGCACACAGUAGAAGUACUCGAAGCUGGUUUGCCAGGGAGCAGGAAUGGAGCCUUGCAGCUGAUGUAUGAAGAGCUUCACAUGCUGACGCCAAUGGUGCCACCUCGUGAAUUCGUGUUCCUUCGAUACUGUUACCAAACGGACAAGGAAACAUGGGUGAUCGGAGAUGUGUCGUUUGAUUCUCUUGAAGACAUUGGUGCUACAUAUUCUGCUUCUUGCUGGAAGCUUCCUUCUGGAUGCAUGAUUCAAGAACUGCCCACUGGAUUUUCCAAGGUUACAUGGGUGGAGCAUGUGGAAGUGGAGCAUCAAAGCCUUAUCGUGCACAUGCUGUAUAGAAACCUUGUUUUCAGCAGCGUUGCUUAUGGAGCUCAACGAUGGGUCGUGGCCCUUCAGCGGAUUUGCGAGAGAAUUGCUUACACCAUAAACCCUCACAUUCCUCCUCUCGAUGAAGCUCCGUUAGGGGCGAGCUCAGCAGAAGGAAGAAGGAGCUUAAUGAAGUUGGGGCAUCGAAUGAUAAGGAGCUUCUGUGGAGUGAUAAGCAUGACUGGCAGUGGAAGGGAAGAUUUUACAGAGAUAAGUGAAGAUAAUGAGAUUGGUAUCAGAGCUUUCAUCCGAAAGAAUCUCGACAGAGGUCAGCCUCAGGGCAUGACUCUCACUGCUGCUGCUCCUAUUUGGCUUCCUUUUCCUCCCAACCGUGUCUUCCACUUCCUCCGUGACGUCUCUCGCCGAUACCAGUGGGAUGUUCUUUGCCAUGAAAAUACUGAGAAAGAGAUUGUACGCAUCUCAACUGGAACUCAUCCUGGAAACUACAUAUCAAUUAUUCAGACAUACCAUGAGAGUGACAGCGUGGCAAUUCUUCAAGAAACUUGCAUGGAGCCGAUGGGAUAUGCGCUGGUGUACGCUCCAGUGGAUAAGCUGACGAUGAAUGGUGUCAUGAACGGGGAGGAUUCGGCCACCGUGUCGAUACUGCCGUCCGGUUUUGUGGUCGUGAAGGAUGGCAGCGGUGGCGGAAGGGGUGAAUGUGGUGGUGGUUCUUCUUCCGGCGGCGAAGGGUCCGUUCUGACAAUGACCUUACAAAUUCUGGUCAGCAACAGUGUGACAAUGAGGAACAUGAACAUGGAGAGUGUGGCGACGGUGAACAACCUUGUGACGGCCACACUCAACAAGAUCAAGUUUGCUCUGAUGAGUAUCGAUUAG